AACAGCAGCAACAGCAGGGGCAGGGCGUGCCCAAGGUGGUGAUCAUGGGUUCGAGCACGACGUCCACCUCGUCGAACAACACGAUCAACACGUCGACGGACUCGGCCAACACGGUGGCGACGCUCAUCACGGUGACGGACGGCGACUGCGACGACGAAGCCGACCCCGAGCCCGAGACGAAGGCCUUCUCGCCGCCUCCCGAGCGGCCCGCCGUCUCGGCGCAGCGCCGCCAGGAGCUGCUCGACGAGAUCUUCAGCAGCGUGAGCGCCCACGCUCCGCCGGAGUCGCCGCUGGUGCCGCCGCCUGCGCCGCCGGUCACGCCGCUGACGCCACUGCUGGGCGCGUGCCGGCGCGACACGCGCUUGUUCGCGCGCAGCGAGGACCUGGACUCGCCGCCGGCCGAGGCCAGGGGGCCCGCCCCCGCCGCCACGCUGCCGCCCCCCGCGGCCCGCGCCCCCCACGGGCACCCGCUGCCCGCGCUCACGCUGCGCCGAGCCUCCUCCGUCAGCACGCCGCCGACCGUCGUACCGCUCAACCCCGACAAGGUGCCACCGCGAGGCGGCACGGGUACGGGGGAGGACGUGUCGGAGGCGGCGCCGCCCCCGCGGCUGCACCGGCGCAGCACUCGCGGCUCCCGCCACAAGCGCAAGAGCACCAGCAGCAGCGGCGGCGGUGGCGGCGGCAGGGCGGCGGCGGCGGCCGCCGUGGGGUCCCCCGCGCCCGACCUGCGCGUCGACUACUUCUCGGAAGACGGCGCGGCCCCCGUGCUGCCGCCACCGCACCUGGACGCCAGCCAGACGCCCACCGCCGACGUCGACGUCAGCGUCAGCGCCGCCGCCGGCGGUGGGGCGGCGGCGGCGGCGGCGAUCGUGGCCGGCCGACACCCCAACCAGCAGCCCACGGCCAUCGUAGUGCAGCCCGGAGCCAACCCAGGUGUCGCCACGGUGCUGCUCAAGGACGCGCGCGCUCAGCGCGAGGAGAACAUGAAGCAGCUGCUCGACGUCGCCAACAACCUCACGCUGCAGGAGCUGCACGACUUCGAGAUGAGGUACGGGUCGCCGCACCACAGCCGGUCGCAGAGCGUGAAGGCGGCGGGCAGCAGCCGGCCCACGUACCUGAGCCUGCCGCAGCAGCGGUCGCGCGUCGCCUCGAUGCCCAACACGGGCGUCGAGGAGGAGUACUACCGCCUGCGCCACUUCAGCAUCACCGGCAAGGGCGUCGUCAACCGCGGCGACUCGCUCAAGAGCCGCCGCUCGCGCUCCAACAACAGCGUCACUUCCAGCAACUCCAGCCACAGCACGGAGCACCUGACGGCGCAGCACUGCGGCUCUGCGCGCACCAGCGCCACGGCGUCGCUGGCGUCGAGUCGCGAGUCGAGCGCCGCGUCGCCUCCCGCCCCGCUGCGCGUCGUCAUGCUGGGCGCCGCCGGCGUCGGCAAGUCGUCGCUCGUGUCGCAGUUCAUGACCUCCGAGUACCUGCACGCCUACGACACCUCGCUCGAUGAUGAGUACGGAGAGAAGUCCGUCAGUGUGCUACUGGACGGCGAGGAGUCGGAACUGACGUUUAUCGACCACCCCUGCUCUGAAAUGUCGCCGGAGAACUGCGUCACGACGUACGACCCGCACGCGUUCUGCGUCGUCUACUCGACUGCGGAUCGCGGAAGCCUCCGGGUGGCUGAGGAAGUGCUGCAGUGCCUCUGGAAGAGCGACUCCAUCAGCACCAAGGCUGUCAUCCUGGUCGCCAACAAGACGGACCUCGUGCGCAGCAGGACCGUCACCACCGACGAGGGAAAGAGCAUGGCGACAUCGUACGACUGCAAGUUCAUCGAGACGUCGGUGGCCAUCAACCACAACGUGGACGAGCUGCUCGUGGGACUUCUGACGCAGAUCCGGCUGAAGCGCGAAAACCCGGAGCGCGCCAGGGACCUCCUGCGCAAGAGGUCGAGCCGGAGGAGUCCGGCAGGCGGCAGCACCGGCGGCGGCGGAGCGGUGUCGUGCGGUACUAACAAGCCCUACCGCGGCGCGCGCACCUCCACCUCGCUCAAGGUGAAAGGCCUGCUAGGCCGCGUGUGGGCGAGGGACUCCAAGAGCAAGAGCUGCGAGAACCUGCACGUGCUCUGAGCGCCCACCGCGCCACCUCCUCACGUAAAAGACAACAGUACAACACGCCGACAAGCUACGCUCUGAUUAAAACUACUUGUUAUUUGACCUCGAUCACUUGACACUACAACGCGGCGCUGCUUCUCGACUCAAACGACAGAGCGCGCUUUUCGCUCGCUGCGGUUGGCGACAGUCAAAUGGGCAGCAGCAAGUAUCCCGUAACUGGUUAUGCGUGCACACUACACUGUUCGCAAACUGCAAGUGAAAUGGCGCUUUACUGCCGGCCGAGGUGGUCUCGCGGUUCUAGGCGCGCAGUCCGGAACCGCGCGACUGCUACGGUCGCAGGUUCGAAUCCUGCCUCGGGCAUGGAUGUGUGUGAUGUCCUUAGGUUAGUUUGGUUUAAGUAGUUCUAAGUUCUAGGGGACUGAUGACCACAGCUGUUAAGUCCCAUAGUGCUCAGAGCCAUUUGAGCCAUUUUUUGGCGCUUUACUGCGGCACGUUGGUAACACCAAACAAUCUGUGAGUGACUUUUCGAAGGACUAAAUUCGAAAAUGUAAAUUGUCAACUGACAAGUAAAUUUUAAUCAGACUACCGUGACAGGACUCCCUGCUGCAGCCAAGGAAAAGAUAAAGCGCGAGUAACAACUACUCUCAGGACAAUCAGUGAAGCCGAACUCCCCCUCCACUUCCAAUCCCUUUCUUACUUCAUGACAAUGAUCCCAUACUCUUUGGAAAAUACAAAAUGUUAGCAGCUAAUUUAAGAAAACUAAAACUUCGAAGAAUCGCCCAUUGUCGACAAAGUCAUGCCCUACUGGAGCAGUAUCUCUAUUGAAUCAUCAAGCGACCACAUUAAACUUCCAGAUUGCAAGUUGAAACUUGAUAUUACAUGUUCUAUCGGCAAGAGGGAAACAUAAGCUACUGCUUCCUUUGGGCCGCCUCCAGAGCAGCCGUGACUAGUUUCCAAGAUUAGACCUCCAACUCUCCACUGUGUUAUGGCAAAUCUACAUGUUAUUCUGCAAAAGUAGCCCUUGCCGAAAAAUGUGAGGUUGAUAGUCAGAAAGGAUGGGUCACCAAGAGUUGUUUGGUGAACUAUAAGGAAGAAUAUGAGCAAAGGCGUAGGAUACAUGUGGGUUAAGCAUCGUAUUAUAUCGAAAUUGUAAAACCUUCUGAAAUUUUGCUUUCUCUUUUGCUUCCUCUGAAGUUACCAAUCCUCAUUUUUUUUAUUGUUGACGAAACGUAUGACCCUAAAGGGACUAUUUACCUCACUGCAGAAGACACCUGCAGGGAAGUUUUGCUUCAGGAAUGACUGCCACAAUGCUGUAUCUGCAGACAGUAAUUGAAACAGUGCAGCAGGGAUUCAGAUCACUGCACAAUGUGUUUCCACGACUCAAGUUUACCUGUAAAGUUAAGUAAAAACGGAAACCAUUCCCGUUUAGUAACUGAACGUCAGGAAAAUAUUCUUUGUCAGGUUUUGGAUAGUUUAUAUAUGCUAUUAAUUUAAUAAAAUAUUUGUAAGGUUUUCUUAAUUUGUAGCUUUAAUACAUACUUUUGUACUCCAUUGCAGUUGAACUAUUUAUACUGUUAUUAUUUUUAUACCGUUUUGUACUUAUUAAUCUCUUAUUUUUAUAUUUACUAUCUGUGUGUUGUUUGUAAGAUCGUAUAUGUAGAAGUAUAUAGUAUAAUGACUAGGACUUUAUGCUGUUUUUUUUAUAAACCAACCAAUUAAGAUAAACAUAAAGUUCCAUAUCAGCAGAGGAUAUUUGGAAGCUCAACAGAUACUCCAUUUCGGAUUCUCCCAAAUGAAAUGUCAAAAAUUUCAAAAUUACUAAGAUCACUCUUAGUGGUAAUAUCAGCAUGUGAGGGAGGAAUUGAAGUUUACCAACUCUGGAUCCUUUCCUCCACUUUUAUAUAGUGCUCCACUUAUUUGCAAUGUAAUGAAAUUCCAAUCAUUUUAUUUAUUUUAAUUUGUUGUAUUAAUUACAACCAAAAUCUUUUUGUACUCUCUUCAUUGAUCUGUCCAAUCUUACUUUACUUUUCUUGUGUAGAUAGAAUGAGA